AUGGAGGCCUUCCAGUCCCCCUGCUCCCUCCAGAUCCCCAGAAUGGAUGGGCUCCGGACAUGGCAGCGCCCGUCGGUGCUGCCGCCGCCGGGCUCUGGGUGCCGUCGCCGCUGCGGAUCCAGGUCCCGGUCCUUGGUCCUCGCCUCGGCUGUGGCAGCGCCGAAGAGGGAGACGGAUCCGAAGAAGCGGGUGGUGAUCACGGGGAUGGGGCUGGUGUCCGUGUUCGGUAACGACGUGGAUGCGUACUACGAGCGUCUGCUGGAGGGGGAGAGCGGGAUCGGCCUCAUCGACCGGUUCGAUGCUUCUAAGUUCCCGACCAGAUUCGCCGGACAGAUCAGGGGCUUCUCCUCCGAGGGUUACAUCGACGGUAAGAACGACCGCCGGCUCGACGACUGUCUCCGGUACUGCAUUGUCAGCGGCAAGAAGGCACUCGAGAGCGCUGGACUCCAUCUUGGAAGUCCUAACAUGGAAAAGGUGAUGCGUUGGUUCACGCCAUCCGCAUUUUUUGCAGUAUUAUUAUUAUUUCGGUCAUCUGUUUUGCUUGACGUGCACUUGUUUGUGCUCUGUAUGCAUGUCCUUUCCCUUCAGCCAUGUUCAUUUCUGAGUGGCCGCAUGUUUUGUUCAGAAUUUUCUGAAGUUUGUCAAGCUUGUGUUUAUAUCUGCAGCGACAUGUUAGAUAAGGUUGAUGUGUCCGUAUCGAAGGCAGGGGGAUUAUUACCUCGACGAAUGACACUUAUGACAAGUAGUUCAUUUAUAUUUGUAGAGGUGUACUUUUUCCAUUUUCACCUUUUUUUUAAUUUUUUCCAGUUCUUUAAAAUCCAAGGAUUGGACUGCCAUUAGAUCAGUUAUGGCACUCGUUCACAAAUUUCUACCCUAGUCUAACAAUGACAUGCAUUGCCAGAACCUCAACACUGACCAGAUUAUCUUGCCAUUUCAUUUGGUGAGCUUCAUGCUACUGCUAUAGUUUUCAUCAUCCUAUCAGCUAUUCUUCUUGCUGCAGAUACGCUUUAGUGGAUGCAACUAUUGUGCUUUAAAUUUCGUGCUAGAAAUCGAACCUGGACAGCAUAUUUUACUAUUUUUGAGUUUGUUCGAUAAACUUAAAGGCUUCAAAUCCGUUAUCUGUAAUGACGUUUUCUACUGCAUCCAUAUUCCCAGAAUUUGCUGGCUUCUGACUUGACCCAGAACUAGAACCUGAACAGCGGUCAUCAAUUUAUAUAUAUAAAUGGUAAUCUGUUUAGCAUUGCAAAAUAUUGAAGAUGGAUUUUAGGCUUUAGAUUGUGUGGAAAUCUGAUGCAGGGUAGAUUAUUUCCUGACGAAAAACAAUACCUUCAUAUUCUUAAAUAUUCAAGGUCAAUUUGGUUCAUGGAUGGAGAAUGACUUCAUACUUAAGUUGGAUCUGCGGUCUAUAUUCCAUGUGAUACAAUAAGACUGUCUAUUGAAAAACAUUUUUCCUGGGUGAUCAUUGUUUUGCACUAUCUUCAGUUCAUUCUCUUAUUACAUUUCUCUAAAGAUUUUUUUUUACUGGUGGAGCAUGUAUGAUAAGCUGUCAUGUUCCUCCAGAUCGACAAGGUGCGUGCUGGUGUGCUUGUGGGGACUGGCAUGGGUGGACUCACUGUCUUUUCUGAUGGGGUCCAGGCUCUUAUUGAAAAAGGGCACAAAAAAAUUACUCCAUUUUUCAUUCCAUACGCAAUAACAAACAUGGGUUCUGCAUUGCUCGCAAUGGAUAUUGGUUUCAUGGGUGCAAACUAUUCAAUUUCAACUGCUUGUGCGACGUCCAACUACUGUUUCUAUGCUGCUGCAAACCAUAUACGGCGGGGAGAGGCUGAUAUAAUGCUGGCCGGUGGAACUGAAGCUGCUAUUAUUCCUAUUGGCCUUGGGGGUUUUGUAGCAUGUAGGGCAUUAUCACAGAGAAAUGAUGACCCAAAGUCUGCAUCAAGGCCAUGGGACAAGGAGCGGGAUGGCUUUGUAAUGGGUGAAGGUGCCGGUAUUCUGGUGAGUUUUAUCUUAAUCUAGAACCACAUUCAUGGUGUAUUUUUGUGUUGGGUUAAUGAGUUUUGCUAAUGACAGCUGCCCCGUAUGUUUUUCUGAGUUUUUAAUCAAUUGAUUAUAUCCUCAAGUUACAACGUAUUGGCCUGUGGUCUGAUGUUGCUAUCUGACCAACAUGUUGUGGGGCUUGCUUUAGUGGCAGGAAUAUUUCCUUUUUCUUUUUAAAAUGGGUGUGGGAUAUGAAAGUUCUCCAGUUUUUGGGAAUUCCUUUGUGAAUUCACAUUUACAUAUUCUUCUAUGUUAACCUAUUGCUAAUCAGGAAGUUCGAUUUACAGUUCCUAUGGCUUAAGUAUGUUGAGAUUAUAUAGGAGUGGGUUGAAAUGAAAAUUAUUUUCUCCAAAGAUUUUAUUUUUGUGAGAGGUUUUUGUUGAUUGCCUGAGGAAUGUGUUGCAAAACAUUUCCUUUCUUUGGGGGUGAGGCAUCUUUUAGGAUAAUUUCAAAAGUUUCAUAUAUCAAUUAAAUGCUUUUGAGACUCGAAUUCCCACGUCUGUUAUUUUAUCCUUUGGUGGCUGGCAAUUGUUAUAAAUGCCCUUGAACUACGUCUUGGUUUUGCUGUCUUCUGGUAAUUUCUUUUACCCUCACAGGUUUCGGUUCAUAGGAGUAAGGUUGAACUUUAUGGGUUUUUGGUUUCUUAGCGAAUUCUUCUUUAAAUAUUCCGUAUAAAAAAUUUGAAGCUAGAAUAUCCAUGUUGUCACAACCAGUUAUUGUGAGUUGAUACGUGUAUUGAUGCUCCUCAAGUGUUCCUUUUUUUGAGAAUUUUUAUCGACAUUUCUUCUGUGGAAAGGUUUUGGAGAGCUUGGAGCAUGCAAUGAAACGGGAUGCACCGAUUAUUGCUGAAUACUUGGGUGGUGCUGUCAACUGUGAUGCAUACCAUAUGACUGACCCUAGAGCUGAUGGACUUGGGGUUUCAACUUGUAUUGAGAGAAGUCUUGAAGAUGCUGGGGUGGCCCCAGAGGAGGUAUUUCCCUUGCAUACACUUUACUUAUUUGAUGUUUGAAGUUUCUUAGAUGCCAUUUUUCGGGCAUUAGAUACUAUAAAAUAAAGUUAGAAGUGUUGAUGUGAGGCCUGUUGCAUGUCCGAAUUCCAGUCAUACAUAGUCGUGCAUUUCCCUGAAAUAAUUUUGUUCCUAGGAUGGAGAAAGUGUAACCUAUCGAUUUUUUAUUUUUUAUUUUUUACCUGGAUUUAUACUGUCGAUUGGCAUCGUGGGUUUUUGAUAUGAAAGUAAGCUAAUGCAUGUAAAUAACACCAGGUUAACUACAUAAAUGCACAUGCAACUUCUACAAUGGCGGGUGACCUGGCUGAGAUUAAUGCUAUUAAAAAGGUCUUCAAGAACACAUCAGAAAUCAAAAUCAAUGCCACCAAGGUGAAUCCGUUUUUUAACUUGUUGGCAUUUUUUUUCCAUGUCUUCAAAUAGGCGUUAUGGCGUUGACCCUCUCCGCCUGACUUUCUUUCCUUCUUUAGUCUAUGAUAGGCCAUUGUCUCGGUGCGGCAGGUGGCUUGGAGGCUAUUGCUACAGUGAAGGCCAUAAACACCGGGUGGCUUCAUCCUAGCAUAAACCAGUUUGUAAGUAUUAGAUCUCCUCGUAUUGUGGGACAACAGACUAUCAUGUCAGUGCAUAUUUGUUUUCAAUUGCAUAAUAUGUCCAUCUAAAAUGCCCAUUAAAUCUGCCAACGCAAAUAUAUUAAAUAACAGUCCUUUAUGAUCAUCGUAAUAGUGAUGCCGCAUGUAGCCUGGACCUGUUCAACUUGUUCCUCGUAGUAAGAUUGGUUGACUAGCCAGAUGACUGGUUCUCCUGAUGGCGAGAACAUCUAUACAAAGACUGGUUUUUGAUUAUCAUAUUGGAAGAAAUGAUUGGUUUCUCAGGAUCGUAAUUCGCAUUAGCUGAUCCGAUUUUACAAACCCUAUUGUUAUCUGAUCCGAUCCAAUCCAAUUUGGAAGUUCCUGUGGAUCAUCGCAUAAUAAGAUCACAAUCUUUGAUAUGAUCGGCCUCUCAGGAUUGGGAUUGUCAUUGGAUUAUCUGAUUUCUCGACCUGAUUGUUGGCCGAUCUGAUCCAAUUCGGGUGGGUCUGGGGAUCAAUAUUUAACUUCGUGAUUUUGAUACCGUUUAUUGUGUCGUUUUCGAUUCCAGAAUCCUGAACCAGCAGUUGAAUUCGAUACCGUAGCAAACAAAAAGCAGCAGCAUGAAGUGAACAUCGGUGAGUUUAUUAAUCUAUAGAAUUUUGCCCAGAUUGAUCUACAGAAUAGUUUAUCAAUGCUUUCUAGUAAUUUCCAAUCACCGUAUAUAUAUAUAUAAACAAAAUAUUGACUCACCCAGAUAGAUUUGACAUGUUAUCAUAUUCUUAUGCUCAGCACUUUUCCAAUCCCUGUAUGUACAAAUACCAACAAGUAAUUUGGUCACCCUGGUCAAUUUAUCGAAUUAUCUUGUUCUUUUGCUCUGAAAAAAAUAUCCAUAUACAUAUAAAAAAAGAAAUCAGCUCACCUUGAUCGAUUUAUAUAUCAUCUUUUUCUUCAUCUUUGUUGCAAUCUCUAAUAAUUUAUCUCUAAAUGUGUGGAAGUAAACAAAAAUCAGCUCACCCAGAUGGAUUUAUGUACAGAAAUGUCUAAUCAUCUUCCUAUCUCUGCAGCAAUCUCCAAAUAUCGUACUUAUUUAUAAAUAGAUGUAUAUAUUCAUCUAACCACCGUCGUCGUCCUGCUUGUGCAGCGAUCUCUAACUCGUUUGGUUUUGGCGGGCACAACUCGGUGGUCGUCUUCGCCCCAUUCAAGCCCUGA